GGUUUUGUGUGUGUGCAUGUGUGCGUAUGUGUGUGUGGAACAGGACUUUUUUUUUUUUUCCACGCGUGUGCAUCCCACCUGUCCCAGGCCACGUCCGCGUCCAGUAGUCAGCUGUUGCCAUGACAAUGAGGCGUAUGGGUGCAGGCGUCGCCUUGGUGCUGCUCAGCAUGGCCGCCAUCACCACCGCCCGGCCCAAAGCAGUUUCUGAGCAAAAGUGCCAGUCAGGCCCGGUGGACCUGGUGUUCCUGAUCGACAGCUCGCGCAGCGUUCGACCUCACGAGUUUGAGACAAUGCGGAAGUUCAUGAUCGACAUCCUGGACACGCUCAACGUCGGACUCAACGCCACCCGAGUGGGCGUGGUCCAAUACUCUAGUCAGGUCCGCAACGAGUUCUCCUUGAACUCUUAUGGCAACAUGUCCAGUAUGGUGGACGCCAUCCACCGCAUCGUCCCCCUGGCGCAGGGCACCAUGACGGGCCUGGCCAUCCGUUACAUCAUCAACAACGCCUUCAACCUAGAGCAAGGCGACAGACCCCAGGUGCACAACGUGGCGGUGAUCGUGACAGACGGGCGUCCUCAGGACCGCGUGUCGGAGGUGGCGGCGGAGGCUCGCCAGAAAGGCAUUGAGAUCUUCGCUGUGGGUGUGGCCCGGGCUGACAUGGCGUCCCUCAGGGCCAUGGCGUCCCCGCCCUUCGAGGACCACGUUUUCCUGGUGGAGACAUUUGACCUCAUCCACCAGUUUGGACUUCAGUUCCAGGAUAAACUCUGCGGUAUGGAUCUGUGUGUGGAGACUGAGCAUGGCUGUGAGCACAUUUGUGAAAGCUCUCCGGGUUCUUUCCAUUGCCUCUGCCUGCCCGGUUACACGCUGAAUGACGACGACAAGACCUGCGCAGCCAUCGACUUGUGCGCCGAAGGCAAACACGACUGCGAGCAGAUCUGCGUGAGCACUCCUGGCGCCUUCACGUGCGACUGCAACCAAGGCUUCACGCUCAACCUCGACAUGAAGACGUGCACCAUGUUGGACUUUUGUUCCUUUGGUAAUCACACGUGCGAGCACGAGUGUGCGAGUGUGCUCAACGGAUUCCAUUGCCGCUGCAAAGAUGGAUACCGGCUGAUGGACGACGGCGCCUCCUGCCAGGCCAUCGACUUGUGCGCCGAUGGCGACCACGACUGUGCGCAGAUCUGCGUGAGCUCUCCCGGCGCCUUCACGUGCGACUGCAACCAGGGCUUCGCGCUCAACCAGGACAAGAAGACGUGCACGCCUAUCGACCUGUGCGCCGAAGGCAAACACGACUGCGAGCAGAUCUGCGUGAGCUCUCCUGGCGCCUUCACGUGCGACUGCAACCAAGGCUUCGCGCUCAACCAGGACAAGAAGACGUGCACGCAAUUGGACUUGUGUAACUCGCUGGAUCACGGAUGCGAGCAUCGCUGCGUGAGUACGCCGGGCUCGUAUUACUGCGUCUGUCCCGAUGGGCAACUCCUGCAGGAGGACGGCAAGAACUGCGGAACGUGCAAGUCGGCCGUCAUCGACCUGGUGCUGCUGAUCGACGGCUCCAAGAGCGUCCGCCCUCACAACUUCGAGCUGGUCAAAAAGUUUGUCAAUGAGGUGGUGGACACGCUGGACGUGUCGGAGCACGGCACUCGGGUGGGUCUGGUCCAGUACUCCAGCCGGGUCAGGACCGAGUUCACCCUAAACCAGUUCCACAGCGCAGAUGACAUCAAGGCUGCUGUCAUGAAGAUGGCGUACAUGGAGAAGGGCACGAUGACGGGCAUGGCGCUGCAGCACAUGUUGGAGAGUAGCUUCUCGGAGGCGGAAGGGGCCAGACCGCCGGACCGAGGGAUUCCCAGGAUCGGACUGGUGUUCACCGACGGGCGUUCGCAGGACGACAUCAGCGAGUUCGCCAAGAAGGCCAAACAAGCCGGCAUUAUCAUGUAUGCGGUGGGCGUCGGCAAAGCGUUGGAGGAGGAGCUUCGCCAGAUCGCCUCGGAGCCUCUGGAGAAGCAUUUCUUUUAUGCCUCCGACUUCACUGCCAUCAGCACCAUCGCGCUCAACCUUAAACUAAACGUGUGUCCAGAGGAAAGUCAAGGUGAGAUCGAAGUGAAGGACCCGUGCGCCUGCGAAAACCUGGUGGAGUUCCAGCAAGCCACCAUAAGCAACCUGGACCGCAUCACGCAGUCGCAUAUCCUUUUCAUGCAUGCCGCUCCGCUUUCCAUCGACACCGCAUUCCCCUUUUACGCAGAGUUCCGAGGUAUCUGACUAGAGAAACACGCGAAUCUCAGCCAUAAAAGGACUUGAAACAACUUGGAAGUCGUAAUGCAAGGAGACCUGGUAUCUAUUCACCUUUUGACCUCUUGAUUGGCCACCGAGGUUUUGCUCCUUAGCGUCUGGGCUUCCACUGACGGCGAUGAGCGUCCGACUGGUGCAGCUGGAGCAGCAGCUGCUUAACAGGAAGUGAUGCGCAGGAAGCGGGAAGACAGCUUGGGCCUUGCCCCCCCCCGAUCCCCCCUCCCCCUCGCGGCAAGAGAGACGCCGCAGGAUCAACAGUGACGAGGACAACAACUGAAGCGUGAAGCAGAACAACAACAAUGACAACAACAAGAACGAACAAAGAUAUCAUCAUCAACGACGGGAAUCGGAAUUGUGAUUCCGAUUCUGCACAGUGACGUCGACGGGAAGAAGAGCGGCAGCAAGACCGGUCGCAACGACAGCAAGAGCAAUAGCAAGAACAGCACAGAUAACAACAACAUCGAUAAACAACGAGAUCAAGGACAACAAAUCAACAAGGACAACAACAAAACAAGAAGCCUCGAGGACUUCCCGCUUCCUUUUGUAGCGUGCGUAAUUCUGGAAGCGAAGGAUAGGAAGUCGUGUCGUUUUUACAAUUUUGGGGCCGAAAUGUUUACUUUUGAUGGUUGUCAAGAUGACAACCACUCGACCAUUCAAACCUCCAACGUGACUUUUUGUGCGACCACGAUAAGGAAAGUUUGCAUGUGUGUGGAUCGCAGAAAGAGAAACAUGUAACUUUUGUAUGAAAAAUAUUUGGAUCAUGUUUUGGUGUUCCAUAUUUGUGACGUAUGCACCAAACACCAAUAAACA